GGUCGAGCCAAUGGGGCGCGGCGGCGGCGGCGGUGGUGGCGGCGGCAGCGGAGGCGGUGGCGGUAGCGGCGGCGGCUGGGUCGGGCCCCGACGGGCGGCGGCGGCUGAGGUGGAGGCGGAGGGAGGCGGCGGCGGCGGCGAAGGAGGCGGCGGCGGCGGCGGCGGAGGGGGGAAGAUGGCGGCGCCCGUCCUGCUGAGAGUGUCGGUGCCGCGGUGGGAGCGGGUGGCCCGGUAUGCAGUGUGCGCCGCCGGGAUCCUGCUCUCCAUCUACGCCUACCACGUGGAGCGGGAGAAGGAGCGGGACCCCGAGCACCGGGCCCUCUGCGACCUAGGGCCCUGGGUGAAGUGCUCUGCCGCCCUUGCCUCCAGAUGGGGUCGAGGAUUUGGUCUUUUGGGUUCCAUUUUUGGAAAGGAUGGUGUAUUAAACCAGCCAAACAGUGUCUUCGGACUUAUAUUUUAUAUACUACAAUUAUUACUUGGCAUGACAGCAAGUGCAGUCGCAGCUUUAAUCCUCAUGACGUCCUCCAUCGUGUCUGUGGUGGGGUCAUUGUACCUGGCCUACAUUCUGUACUUUGUGCUGAAGGAGUUUUGCAUCAUCUGUGUCAUCACAUAUGUGCUGAACUUCAUUCUUCUUAUCAUCAACUACAAACGACUAGUUUAUUUGAAUGAGGCCUGGAAACGGCAGCUGCAGCCUAAGCAAGACUGACAGCCUGACCAGCUCCGGACUGACGGCCUGAAGUUCCCUUUUCCAUUAAGUUUAUUUUGCAGCGUUUUUUUGUUUGUUUGUUUGUUUUUUGUUUUUUAAUUCUUCACAACAGACACUUUCCCUGAGAAUCUUAAACUGAUUUUAUAAAAUCCUAUAAAUUAGAAGGGGCCCUAGCUAUUUUGUGUCAAUCUUCAUUUUAAAUAUGGAUACAAAAAAAAAAAAAAAAAAGGAUAUGCCGAGCCAAUCAAAGACAAGCUUUAACUUUACUUUGAAAAUGUUUCUGAAAUAAUAAAAUGUAGCCCUAGCCCCCUGCCCUUGAUUGUAAAGUGAGCAACCAUUGCUAGUAAUUCUCUAAUGUGUAUAAAUUCAAUUUCAGGUAUAACAAAUGUGAUCAUGACAUGAAAAUAUUUUAGAAUAGAUACUGUAUUAAAUAUUGCCAUGUUUACAAUAUGUAAUAUGUUUUUAGCCGAUGGAUUUAAACAUGUAGAUUCAACUAGAAUCCAUUUAUGUGAUAUUUGUAAAUAAAGGUAGAAAUAUUGGAUCCAUCCCUGCAGAACUUACUGUACAGUUUAGUUGAAGUGUAGCGAUGAAGAAUUGUCAGCUCAACGUUGACCGAAGAAAUAGUGAAAAUAGUAAGUCCAUACAGAGCAUCUUGUGAAAAGUACUGACAGCUGUGGGUCCAGCACUGACAGCAAAAAUAAUAGGGUAGUUGGUUCCCUUUCAUCUCCUUCCUCAGAAAGGAAGAAACUAAAUUUGGACAUUCAAGUCAAGCCUGUGUCUAGUCAUAAAACUGGAUUGAUUAUAACCUUACCAAAAUGAGUCAUGUGACCAGACCUUCACAUCCAAGGCCUUCAGGACACUAAAAAUGGGGAAAUGGGUAGAUUUCUUUGGAGAAAAGCUGGAAAUAUUAACAUGGCAUUUUUAGGAAAAGUCUCUUACAGCAGUUGAAUUUUCAUGCAGAUAUUCUUCCUUAACAUCGGUGCCAGUCGACCAAACAGUAUUAGGACCUUGAAAUAACCAGUAUAAGCCCAGUUGCUCCAGAGUAGGAUUGCUCUUGGGUAGCUCUGUAGUAUUUCCUGUUUAAUUCUGCACUAAUUGGAUGUCUAGUUUCUAAUUGUUUUAGAGUCCAUACUAGAUUUGUAAAUUUUAGGGCUGACACGCUGCUCAGUUUGCAUAACCGGGAGUAGUACGGGUAGAAAUAUCUGAAGGUAAAAUACACUAAUGGUGUCACUACUCCUUCUAGUAACUACGCAAUGCAUAGGUUUUAAGAGUGAUUUGAAUAAACCCAAAUGAAAGUGUGACAGUAUGUUUCUAUGGUUAACACCUUAUAUCAGAAUGUUAAAAGUGCCUUCUGUCUUAAAUCUCAAACCAAAUAUUUUGUGUGUUGAACUUGGGCAGAAGUGUCCUUCCUUCCUCUUACCAUGAAGUAGAAAGCCUGCAUCAGUCUAUAAAAAGGUUCUGUACAAUCAUUUUGUUCCUUAGAUUGAGAAGUAGUAGCAAUGUUUUUGCUUCCAGUUAGAUUAAUCAUUAUGUUAAAAAUAGACCAGUGACUUUUCUUUAAUAAGCCUUCUUUUUGAAGGGAGGGGACAGGCUCUGCUCUGUAAACCGUACUGUGUAGAGUCAGCAACUGUUCAGCAGUUUCCAACUAACUGUCCUAAUUGAUGCAAUGUAUUUUUCUGGCCCAAGGCAGGUAUAAAAUCUGAAUUGUAAUGAACUUCCAACGGGUUUUAACAGGUUUUGUGAAAGUUGAAUUCAGAUUUCAAGGCUGUUUUCCCAUGAAUGUGAAUAUUUCAAUGCCUGUUUUAUUAUGUGUGUAUUGUUCUUGUUUCUAGUUAAAGAACUCUAGAAAGCAUUGAUCGGAUGUCUGGUGUUUGUGGAGAAACAAGUCGUAAUGUUGGAGAACUUGUACAAUGAGGUCACCUUAUCGCAGUGCUUCCCGGUCUGCCAGGCAGUUUGCUGCUUCUUUCUUCUAGGCUAGAAUGGAAAAGGUUAACAGUGAAGACUUCUGUGGUAUAUAUAACACUGGUUGUGCUAAAUAAGUUCCUCAUGUCCCAAUUUCAAACGGAUUUUCAUCAUAUUUGGUAUCAAUCAGCAGAGUAUAGUUAAAGCUUGUCUUGAUGUUGUGUUCUUGCAAAUGUCAACUCUCAUGUGAUAAAACGUAAAAACGUUCAGCCAGACCCUUCAAGAUUUUCCUUUGCUUUCCUAAGCCUUGGGGGAAACACCACUGUUUCAGUUGUACAAAAAUUUUUUGCCACAUUCCUAUGAGCCCAGUAGAAUUAAUCUCUUUGUUUUCUCACUGAGUGAUGAAGGUGUGCCGCCUGAAGUAACAGCAGGGUAAUGCCAGUAUGUCAGUAAGUAACAGGACCCCAGUGGGUGCUGGGAUAUUUUUGCCCUGGAAGAAUUUAGGCUCCCCUCUACAUCCUCUCUUCCACUCCAAGAAGGAGAAAACACCAUGCUAUAAAAUUUGAGGAUCGUUACGACUUUUUGAGACUAUUUAAAACACUGCGACAUUACCAGCCACCGACAUUGAAGAACAAACUGCGGGGGGGAAGGGAGAAUUGGAUUUCUGUUUUUUGCAGUUACUCCAUGCUUCUUGGUUUUGGGAAUAAGUUCUUUGUAACAAAUGAAGCCUCUUAUUUACUGUGUAGUCAUAGCAUUUGAAGAAAUGAGAGAAGCUGUGGUUAAAUAAAUUCUAGGUGAUUUGGAGGAUUUCAUUCAGUUUUGCAUUUCAGCUAGGUGCUUUCCAGGAAGGUAAACUGGUGAAAUAACUCAGGUUUAACUAGCUGUGUGCCAGGAAUUACUUUUCCUUUAUGUAUGUCACCUCUCUUUAAAUCUAUUACUUUUAAAGAUGUUGAAAGCAUUGACUGUUUCAUACAGAGAUCUGCCAUUUGGUACAAGAGAUCUUUGGACCCUACUAAGUAGGAUAUAGGACCAAGACUACAGUGAAAUUAAAUCUAAUUAAACCUAAAUUGUUGGCUUUUGUUUGUAUUUCAUUUAUAUCUUUAAGAUUAUCAGCAAAAGUGCAAAGUAAUCUUCAGCAAUUGCUUUGUAACUGAGAUUAGAACCACUGCUUAACGUGAGUGAAUGCUGACAGACCUUGUCUUAAAAAUCUCUAUUGGACAAAUGCCAACAAGAAAUUCACUAUCAUUAUUGGCAACCUAUUGGGAAGGAAUACCUAACCUGCAACCUUUGUCCUCAUGGGUUUUCCCCCGAGAUAUAAGCAUUGGUGGAACAUUUCUAUUCAGACAUUUUAGGCAGCACUAAUGAUUCCUAAUCUGUGAGAACUACCCUUCAAUCAAACAAAAGGGGCAGGGGUGGGAAUCCAGGCUACUUGGUUUUUUUGUUUGUUUGUUUUUUACAAAUAAUUAGCCCAGAAAAGGUGAAAUGUUUUGUUAUAAAACUGUAUUAAGCAUGGCCUAAGUAUUAGGUGUAUGACCUGUAUAGUAUGUUCCAUCGAAAAUAUUUAUUACUAGUGCUUUCAGCUCUGGAGUAAACAUUCAUUUAAAGUGGAGUUCACUGGGCAGACUUCCCCUUUAAUAUAGAUAGAAAUAUUCUUUACCAGAGAUUUAGGACACAGUUUUGCUAACUGGUAAAAACAAAUGUAAAUAUGUAAGAAUGUUUAUUUGUUGCACAUAACUUUUUUGGUAUAAAAUAAAUGUAGACGUUACCUGUGGAA